UUCUUGCGGCUCCUCAGCAGAGCCAGCGAUGUUGAGGCUGCGAUGUGAGAUGCAACUCAGAGAGUCUCGCUCAUAGAGGCAAAGUUAUGGCACGGUCGUCCCUGGAGAAAAAGGUCCCGCAGCAAUCUUUCUCUACCAAAAAGUCCCUCACUGGUGAUGCGCACAUCCUUCUGGGACGCACAAACCCGGAGCAAGAAAACUCAAAAUUACGCGUCUAAUUGAAUAUUGGGGCUGAGGCGCGUCGAGGACUGGAGUAUAUUUCAGCAGUGUUGAGUUGAGCGGAGGGCCACAAUGCAACAGGCCUGUGAAGUGGAGAUAACAACCAGCUCCCAGCUACACACGAUUCAAACAAACCAAAGACCAAGAAGAGCCUGAUUACUGUGAUCAAAUCAAAUUCCUCCCCCCACGAAACUGAUUAGAUCUUAAAGGCGUAACACCAAUCCUGAUGCAGUCAUAGUAACACGUGCCCUUCGACCAACCUGAGAAUGACAUUCGGAGAAUAGGACACCUGAGUUUAUUCUCCACCUCCAGAGGCAUACUACCAAAUCAGCAUUAACAGUGAAACCAAGGCAACCAUGAACCUGUUCAGGAAAGAGGCCAUGGCCUCUAAGAAGGAGAAGGAAAAAGAGAUCAAUUAUGAGGAUCCUCCAGAUGGAGGUUGGGGCUGGAUGGUGGUGCUGCAUUGCUUCCUGGUCAACGUCUUAGUGAUGGGAACACUAAAGAGUUUUGGCAUCUUCUUUGUGGCAUUCCAAGAUGAGUUUGGAGGCUCAUCAGAAAGCAUCAGCUGGAUCGGUUCCAUCAUGUCCAGUCUGCGUCUGUCUGGAGCACCCAUUGCCUCUGUGGCCUGUGCCAAGCUAGGGACCAGGGUGACCUCUAUCGUUGGUGCGUUGCUGGUUAGUGGAGGCUUCAUCAUGAGUAUUUUCGCCAGGAGUGUGGUGUUCCUCUGCAUCAGCAUGGGAGUGAUAGUUGGAAUGGGUUUUGCACUACUUUAUCAAUCCUUCUCAGUCGUCACAGCGCUGUACUUCCGAAAGAGGCUUGCGACAGCGUAUGCGAUCGGGCGUUCUGGGAUGGGUUUGACCUUUGCCCUUGCUCCGUUCACUCAGUUGCUGCUGGAACAGUAUGCUUGGCAAGGUGCAAUGCUGAUUCUUGGCGGCCUUAUGCUGAAUCUGGUGGCCACUGGGAUGCUCCUGCGACCAAUUUAUUUGAAGCCUACUGUUUUAAACCCUACCUCUUCUCCUACUCAAAAGAGCCCUGCCUUAUCCAUUAAAAGCUCUUCAGAGAAGGAAUACACUAAGAGCUGCUUGAAUGGCUCCUCUCACUUAUCCAAUGGCAUCUCCAAAGCAGACUCAUUCCCAUCCCCUCCUCCUCCUCCUCCUCCUCCUCCUCCUCCUCAAGGAAACACUGAGAACCUGGAGGGCCAAUGUACUCAGGGAUCCCAGGACCAGUCAGUGAACCCUGAACUGACCAGACUGGUCCUCAAUGGUGUGAAUGGCCACAAGCCCCACCAUGACUUGGGUCAGUGUAAACCCAAAACUCCAGACAGCUCAUCGCAGCUCAAUGGCAGCAUGAAUGGGUCCACCAUUGUUGCUCACCCGCAUGCCAGCACUCCGAGUGAGGUGGCCAUCAUAACAAACAAAGUACUGGAUUUCUCCCUGCUAAAGGACCCGUUCUUUUGUAUCUACACUUGGUCCUUGGUUUUCAGCCAGCUGGCCUACUUCAUCCCCUAUUUCCACCUGUCCGCUCGAGCCAGAACCCUGGGCAUCGAUGCCAUGGACGCUUCCUUCAUCAUCUCUGUGGCAGGUAUCACAGAGACCAUCGCCCAGCUGGCCUCGGGCUGGGUGACAGACAGGAACCUCUUCCAUAAAUACCACUACCACAAGGCCUACCUGAUCCUCUGCGGCCUGGUCAACCUGCUCUCCCCACUGGCAACCUCUUACAUCCUGCUGAUGUUUUAUGCUAUCUUCUUUGCUAUCUUCUGUGGUGGAUACAUGGCUCUGCUCCUGCCCGUUCUAGUUGAUCUUGUGGGGUCAGAGAAACUCAACAACUCCAUGGGCUUCUCCAUGUUCUUUGUCGGCCUGGGUUGCCUGACAGGACCUCCUUUGGCAGGCUUCCUGUACGACUACACUCAGACUUACGACUGCUCUUUCUACUUGGCUGGGCUCUGCUAUCUGCUUUCCUCUCUCUCUCUGUUCAUGGAGCCGGUGGCUCAGCGCUGGAAGGCCAGGAACCAAGUGACCCAGACCACGAGAGCAGAAAGCAGCUGUAAGACCAACGGCUGCUUCACCCCUGACCGCCUCCAGAACGGCGCUGUGUAGGAAUGAAACCCGGGGAAGGCCUUCGAUCUUGAACCAGCAUGCUCACAACUUGCCAUGGGCCUGCAUACCUUGGACCUUGGACUCCUGCUUAAAGUUGGGACCCAAGUGACCCUUAAUUUCAGCAGGAGCGACUCAUUGGCCGGGGAGACCACAGUAACGUGUCUAAGAUGGGACGAUGGCGAAUAGAUAAUUAUGUUGAGCCUUUAAAGAGCCAACAUUUUAGUGUUCUGUUAAAUAUUUGUACUCCCUAUUGUUGUUCCUAUCAGAGGUACAUGCAUCCAAACUGAAACAUACAUCCUCCAGCAUAUUUUAAUACUACAUGUUAAAACACAAUCUAAAUUGGUUUCCCCAUGUGACAACAAAGCUGCAUUCACUUUGCAGCAUCUUUUCAUCGCAAAUAAUAUUGCUGGAAACUAAGCUACGCAAUUGAGCUUGACAUCCUGUUAUCAUGACUCCUCUUAUUGUUACUGUGAUGGAAUUGAUGGAAGCACAAAUCCAUGAAGAAGCUUUUACCUGCGUCUGUAAACCUGUACUCACUGGUAUGCACUUUGGGCCAAGUUGUGAUUAUGCUGCAUGACAUUUCCUCUGACCUUUUAAAUGCCCGAUAAUUAGGAGAAUGAGCAACCACUUCAAGUGAAAAUGACGCACCUUUUUAUGUGGAUGUCCAAUUAGAUAAAUGAAGACAAUCGAGGCAAUGCAUUCAUUAUUGACGCCUAUAUUGAAAGAGAGAACUGUGCCUAUAUGUACCAUGAUGCAUUGCAUGUGAGCUUCUGACACCCGGAGGGUCCCUGCUGCCAUAUCCUCUUGCAUUUCUUCUGCGGUUUACUCUGGCUCGUAUAAAUAGGGUUGGAUAUCUGAGUCAGCCAAAUUACUGCUAAGUGUGUCCUCAUCCAAAACAUCCACUGCACUCGUAUUUUGGAAAUGUAGCUAGUUUGCAAUACAAGUGAAAAGAAAAAGGCAGUUUGGUUUUUGAGCAGCAUCGAGCGCCCUCAGGCAUUCCUUGCCUCGAAUUACGUCACUGGACACAGGAAGAGCAACGCAUUGUGCAGCUGCAAACUCCACUUUCUGGGUCAAUUUAGCACACAGUGAAGAAUGUAUUGCUUCAAAAGAUGAUUUCCUAUCAACACUGAUUGGACAUCCACAUAAAAUGUCCCCUCUAAUUGCAACCUGCUUUUCAAAGCCAAAAAGCAGCAACUGCUUCAACAUUAUAUCCUCUUGCUCCAACUAGAUUAUUGUAGGCACGGGAAUAGAUUGUAUGGCAUGUGCUAUAGCAUUUAGAGACAGUCUCAUAUUAAAAUCCUUAUUAUUGGUAUGCUGGCCGCUUUUUUGUCUGAACUACUUCAGCAUACUUAAACGAUCAAACUUCAAAAUGUUACGCUCAUGUGGGGCACUGUUUGGAUAUCUUUCCCCAUAGAUUAUAAUGGACAGAACAUUUUCUUUUCCUAUUAAACUCUUCUUUUUUUUAAUGCCUUCAUCUACUGCCGAUUAAACUUCAUAACAUUAGUUCAGUUGUUUCAUACCUCUCUUUUCUGGAAUUGCAGUUGAUGUUUAAAACUUCUUUUCAUAACUUUUCAGGAGUUAUGAUGUGUGUGUAUUCUGUAGCCAACACUGACUUCUGGGAGUGGAGCAUUUAGUGUUGAACUGAAUGUCAGCUGCCUCUCGCACACGUCCUCUCACCUCGACUCCUAGCAAUGCUUACAAGUCAAAGAACAGUUUAUGUGUUUCUAAGUAUUUAAGGACUCCGCACGUCAACUUCUUAAAUCACGUUCUAACACAUUUUAACCCGUUUGCAGUUUUUGCACCUGCAGUUUUGAGUGCAAGUUAUUUUGUAUCCUACUAACUAGAAACUGCCUCCCUCCUUUUUUGGUUCAGUAAUGACUCCAUUUAAAAACUUGACAUUGUGUUUGACUUGCAAGCAUCUGCAGAUUACAAAACAGUCACGGCUCAUUGUCUGUGAGCUGUUCUAUGCAAGUGCACACAGACAGAUGUCAUCACCGUUAGCUGUAGCAAAGAUACCAACCCCCAUAAGAAGAAGUGUGUUUGUUUGAGAUUUAAGUAUGAUUCCUGAAUAUAUUGAUCACAGUUGGACUGCUGACGAGCUCCGCUAAAUAGCAGGUUUUCUGUGUCAUUGCGUGUGAUUAAAUGUCAAGCUUGAAUGUCUGUUAAUCUCUGACUCACUGUGUUGUCUUGCUGUUGUUUCCCAUUUAAACUGGUCUGGCAGGGAAAUGUUGUCCCGCCUUUACAGUGUUGGCAGGCAGCCAAUUAAUGGCAACUCAAUUUAAAAAUGAUAUUGUGUUUAUGUUUGGGAGUAUGAUGGUUGUUCAAUCUGUUUUCUAAUGUCGUAGAGGUUUUUGUGUUUUCAGUGAAUUACUUGUUUUUCACCACUGUUUGCCUUACAAGGUACUGCAUUGUAUCUUUACUAACUUUCCUGUGAUGUCAGCCAAAGACACAUUAGAAACCUACCUACAACUUGAAGCUUAUUAUUAGUAAAAUAAUAGUUUGAAACCACGAUGAUCACCCAUUAUUUUGUCAUUUCAAAGUCUUAACUGAGGGCGGACCAGAUCCAGUGAUGGACACGUGGACAUGUGUUUUGUCACGCUGCCCUCUUGUGGCAGAGCAACGCCUCUACACAAAGAAUGCUGCCUCAAUUAGUACCAAAUUAUUCCCCCUCAUCUCACUUUCACAAUACUGAGCAAGGCUCUUUGUAUUGUUUCAAUAAUGACAGUCAUGCACAAAAGCUCUUUUGGCUCACGAGUUUCAUUCACCACCAGUAUGCUUUUGUGAUUGAGGGCCACUGAAUAUUUUGUACCAUAAGAAAUCUUUUAUGAAAUGUAUGCUUUAAGUAGAUUUUGGUUUGGGAUCUGGAUAUUUUAAGAAAUUGUAUGCUUGAGCGAUAUCUUGAAAUAAUUUGUACGCCCCUUUGGAAAUGUCUUAAACUCAUAAUGAACUGAGUUAUUUUUAAUUUUACGUUUUCUUUGCAGGAAAUGCAUUUAUGGGUAAAGCACUGUUUUGUCACUACUCUGGCGCCGGGAUUUCUUAACUGAUAGUUUAGAAAAUAUGCUUAACCAAUCAUAGAUAUCCAAGUUCUUCCUUCGAGGUCCCUUUGUGAGCCUUGUAACAGGCUGAAAUGAACUGGCAUGCGACUCAAGUCUGCUCUUGUUUGAUUCAGACAAUAAAUGAACCGAUAUCACA